GAAAUAGAAGAGUCCUAAACCAAUUAAUGUGAUGGUGCAACAUGUGGACUGGAGCAGCACGAGUCUGAACUUGAAGUGAAUCUGGAGACAUUUGUGAUUGCACUGCACAGCUGCAUAGCAAACAAAAACCCUGUCAAGACUCUUCAGCACUGGAUGAUCAGGCAAAAUUUCCCGUCACUGCAUAGUAAUCACCUGCGCGUGGCUAAUGUUUCCUCCCAUCCUGUUUACGACAGUCUUAGAACAAUCCUCUUAUGAAAACAAUGCUGGUGUUCUUUGCUCUUUCCUGUCUGAAGCAACUGGUUGUGUCGCAAGUGGAGUAUAUCAAGAGGAAGCGAAAGCAGCCCCACUACUUAAAAGAUGUUAAUGAUAAAACACUUCUGAGACAUGGAAACUGAUUCUGUAUGUUUACCGUCACGUUAAUGCGCUCGGCUGCUGCAAGGUUUACAAGGAAUUGAGCAAAUACGAGAAGCAACACUUAUCUUUAAACCAAAUGGCCACUCUUGUUCCUACGAAGCCCUCAGCCCUAUCCGAACCUCCUCAGUCUUCCCUCGUGACCGCCCUGUCUUCCACUCCAUCCCUGCCCCUGUCCUAUCAGAUCAGCACUGCUAUCCUGGUCAUCGCCUUUGUGUUUGGGUUCCCUGGGAACCUGUUUGUGGUGUGGUCGGUUCUGUGUCGAGUGCGUCGCCGCUCCGUCACGUGUCUGCUGAUCCUGAAUCUGGCCGUGGCGGAUGCGCUGGUUCUCCUGAGCGCUCCACUGUUCCUCCGGUACCUGAUAGGAAGGAAAGGCUGGGAGUUUGGAGUCGCCCUGUGUAAGACGGUCCAUUACCUGUGCUGCGUCAACAUGUACGCCUCCAUCUACCUGAUCUGUGUGAUGAGCAUGGACCGCUGGCUGGCCGUCACAAAGCCGUUCUUGUCUCAGAGGUUGAAGACUAAGAAAAGGCUCCUGUCCGUCAUGUUGGGGAUCUGGGUGAUGGCUUUUCUGAUGGCUUUGCCCAUGCCGUUCUAUCGUUCCGUGUUGCCAGCCUCUAGGAAUGUGUCCAUCUACCUGUGUAAGCCGUACCACUGGGAGAGCAAUGCUCAUGAAACCUUUCAGUACCUGACUGAGACUAUCCUGGGUUUCCUGCUGCCCUUCAGCUUCAUCCUGUUCUGCUACAUCUCAGUGAUCUGUCGGCUGCGUAGCGCCAUGUUCCAGCGCAAAGAAAGAGGAAACACCCUGAUCCUCCUCAUCAUCGCUGCGUUUACCGUCUUCUGGCUGCCGUAUCACCUCAUCAACAUCCUGCAGGUGAUUGGUCUGAUGCAGGGCUCCUCCUCUUCUAUUUUAACAGUGGCAAUAGCGGCUCGUCCCAGCGUGACGGCAUUCACCUUCAUUAGCAGCAGCGUGAACCCUGUCCUGUACGUGUUUGCCGGCAGCUCUCACAUCCGUCAGGCUGGUCUGGGCUUCAUGGCCAAACUCUUUGAGGGAACCAACUCGGAGUCAGCCUCCACCCGCAGCAGUCGCGGCUCUAAUACAGAGAGCUCUGUUUUCGCCAAACUGUCCAUCAAGGUGAGUCGCAAAGGGGACAGAGCAAGAGCCAAGACCCUUGGUGGUGAAGACGAGACCAUUGCAGACAUGCACACCAGAAAUGAGAUGAAGGCUCUCAACACCCUGAAUUAAAGUGCUCAUAUCGUGCAUUUAUUCCCCUGUGGUCCAUUUAUAAUGUUAGUAAGUAAAACUAUAUCUACAUGUCUGACAUGAAACAGAUGCAUAAACAGUGAGUGUUAUUGUUCUAGUCACAUUCCAUUACAUUUCAUUCAGUCUUAUUCAUCUGUUAAUCAUAUUACUUUGACUCUUAAAAUACAAAAUUAUACAAACAAUAUAAAAUGCAAAACGUUUUUUGCAUUUUAUAAAAUUGUAAAAUUGUAAUUUUAUUUUUUACAAAGCUGUCUGAAAUAUUUUUUAAAUGUAUGUCAAGUAAAUUUUUGUUAUUAUCAUGGGAAGCAAAUUGUAAACAUUUCCAAUAAUAAAUGUAUAUAAUGAA